GGCAACGGCAACGCGAACGGACUACGACGACAGCUGACGACGGCAGAGCGCCAGCAUCUAAAUAUAAUCAUCUUUAUUUGUGAUUUAUUUAAUCAACAUCUCACCCAGAGGCCAACCAGAUAGAUUGGCCACUGCGGGGGCGGUGCGACAACGAGAUGGAUGUAUGGAUUGAUGGUGGUGGAAAAUCAAAAGGAAAACGAGCGCAGAAAAUUGCACUUGAAAGUGAAGGAAAUUGCACUGGAAGUGCAGCAAAGUGUGUGCUUAUCGCUUAUCGGCGAUUGUACCAAUCAGCCUGUUGAUAUUUCAAGUUCAAAAAUGCAAAAGUGCCAAAGUGCCGAAGUGUGGUGGUGAAUGGAAACCUAUUGGGAAAAUUGCGGAAAUCGCACUUGAACUAUACGUAAAGCAAAAGACAAGUGGUACCACAAUCGGGCAGAGCAGUAAGAAACGGAAAUUAGGGCUUGAUAGCCUUUAAACAUUUAAGAAAAUAAUAUACGGAAAUCACUACGGUCAAUUGAAGUAAUCUGAGAUACUUAUUACAGAUAUUUCAGUUCAAAGGAAGCUAGAAUCGGUAAUCGCUUAAAUUGCCUAUCGGAGUUCUUGCAAAAGCAAAAGAACAUGAUCGGAAAGCAUUUAAGUCUACUUCCUCAACGGAUAUAGCCUUUAUCAGUGGUCAAAACUUUUUCGAAAAUACAACUGCAAACUGAAAGUGAAAUAAUCAAUGUAAAACAUUAAAACAUGCCGAAACAGAAAAAUGAAUUGAUGUUGUAAUCGAAUCGACGGCCAAUCGCUUAAAACAACAAUCUUAUACAAACCAAUGUUGCUGCUAUCGCUUAUCGCUAUUUGGAGAAAUCAGUUGGGCCAACGCGUGUGUGUGUUUUGGCCAGGCAUAUUUAAGCCACAACAAAUUGUUGUUAUGCGUGUUGCUGUUGCUAUUGCUGUUGCUGUUGCUGCCGCUGCCAUUAUGCAACAUUAUGCCGCAGUUUGAUGAAUCUUUUUUGAGCGACUGUGCGCUGGCCGACCGCUGGCAUUUCUAUUCGUACACGGUCAAGCAAUUGCCACCGCAUCCGAGUCCAAGUCCGAAACCGAAUCGGAAUCCGUAUCCCAGCAGUGCCAGCCACGAUGAUGAUGAUCAGCACCGACUCCAUCAUCAUCAUCAUAAUCAUCAUAAUCAUCACCAUCACAAUCACCAUCGUCUUUGGAAGACGCAGCGGCAGUCGUGGUCGCCAUGCGACUCCAACAACAAUCAUAGCCCAAGUAGCAAUAGCAACUGCAGCAGCAGCAGCAGCACCUGCAACAGCAUCAGUGCCACCGGCAACACGUUGCAUAGCAUCAAAUUCCACAGACGUCGCAAAUACAAAAAGCUGGCACGAUUGGCGCUAUCAACGCCAGCGAUUCCACUGCAGAUGGAUGUGGAUGUGACCGUGGAUAGGGAGUUCGAUAUGGAGAUGGACACACCUGUGCCGCUCAAGAAUGCGGUGUGCCACGGCAGCAUCAGUUCUCCAUCCACGCCCGGCGCCUGUUCCAGUGGCAUCGGAGUGGGCGGUGGCGGCUGCAGCAGCAGCAGCAACAACAGCAUCAACAGCGGCAGCUACUCCACCGCCUGCACUCCGCCACCACCCACGCACCACCAUCACACGCAGCACCAGCAGCUGCAGGGCACGCCCGCAGGAUCUAGUCGGGUGGGAGGAGCAGGUGGAGCAGGUGGAGCAGGUGGAGCAGGUGGUGGAAGUGGAGUGCCACCGGCACCACCCAGUGCCGGAUCCUCGGGCCACAAGAACAGUCUGAAGGGCACCAAGCUAGCACGCCGAGCGCGCUCCUUUAAAGACGACCUCAUCGAGAAGAUUUCCCUGAUGCGCACCACCAACAAUACUCUGGGUCGCUCCCAUUCGCCGCACAGUCCGCGGACCAAGCACGGCUCCAAGGCACCGCCCACCACCGAGGAGGUGCAGCGAUCCACCCAAACUCUGGAGACGCACGUCAAGGACAUCUCGAACGCGCUCAAGCAUUUCCGGGAUGUCAUACUCAAGAAGAAGCUGGAGGUGUUGCCCGGAAACGGAACGGUCAUUCUGGAAACCAUAGCCAGCAUGUAUUCCGUGAUCCAAACGUACACCCUGAAUGAAAACAGUGCCAUCAUGAGCUGCGCCACACAGCAGGUUUACCAGAGCCUGGGCAAGCUCAUCAAGCUCUGCGACGAGGUGAUGCUCUCCGAGGACAGCGGCGAGUGCGCCUCCCUGAGCAACGAGAAUGUGCGGGAGGUCAUUGAUCUUCUGGAGGAUGCUGUGCGGAAUCUCGUUACGCUGGCGCAGGGCAAACUGAAGGAGCAGGAUCAGUGCGCCUUUCGCUAUGGUGGAUCUGGUUUGGGCGGCAUUGGAGCGGCGGCGGAGAUCAUGGGUGCGGUCACCGCCUCGCCGGGAGUGAGUGUUCCCGGCACUGGCAUCAUGCGCGUUUCAGCCGCCGAAUCAGCUGCCCAGCGAACUUCGUUGCCGGACAUUGCACUCACGCCCAAGGAACGCGACAUACUGGAGCAGCACAAUGUGAAUCCCAUGCGCGGCUCGCACAGCACCGAAAGCAUCCUGCGCGACACGAGUCCACCGCCAAAGCCACCGCUACCCAAUAGGGCCAGUAAUCCGCCGCCGUUGCCACCCAAGAGACGCAGCCAGCCGGGCGCACCUGCUGGCGCUGCGGUGGUCGGCUGCUCAUCGUUGACAUCCGCCUCCUACGCCCAGCCCCAUAAUAUCAGCCUGAACUUGGACCUGGACUGCAGUUCCAACAUCUCGCUGCUGAACUAUGGCGUGGAUCGCCUAUCUGUGCGGUCGCGGUCACCGGAUGAGAAUAGUCAGUGCUCCUUUGACUCGGCGUUGAAUCACUCACGCGAGGAGGAGGACCACCAACAGCAACAGCAGCAGCAGCUGAGGUCGCUCUCGAAGAUGCCAACGAUGAUGGACGAGGACAUGGACAAGAUGGUCAGCUACAAAUCCACCGGUUACGCAGGCGCCGCAAUCGAGGACAAAAUGCAGACACCACUUGCGACUGGUGGUGUUGGUGGUGGUGUUGUUGGCGGAACUGGAGGAGCAGCCGAAGGUGCAGCUGCUGCAGCGACUGGUGGCGGGGAAACUAACAGCAAUCGCCACUCAAACGAAUCGGGUUUCGUGUCGAUGCGCGAGUUUCGCACUUCCACACAGACGACGGACUACAGCAUCCAGUCCUCCACGAAGUCGUCCAGCAGCAAUUCGGAGAUUGCGUUUAGCAUCAGUGAGUCGACGGCGGUCGGCAGCAGCAGCGAGUACCAGCAGAUUAGCCAGUCGGUGUCGCACAGCCAGCGUCAUAUAUCCUCGAGCAGUAGUAGCUGCACCACCACAACCACCAGCAGCAGCACCACCACCGGCUAUGGCAGCAGCAGCAGCGAACUGGAGCAGCAGCAGCAACAGCAGCAACAGCAGCAGACGACGACGCCGGCCGAACUGGCGCCCGCCCUGCCGCCAAAGAGCACCCAACGGAGCAGCCUAACCCGCCACGAGUCGCCCGUUGUUGGCGAUGAGCUGGACGAGGCGCUGUCCUCCUCCGGCUGGGCCAGCCACCGGAGCAGCCAGUCAGAGGUGGCCGAGCUGCGCCAACUGUCGCCGCUCCAUCACCUCAAUCACCAUCCGCACACCGCGUCCGCCGGGCAGCUGCAGCAGUGGCACUCGAAGCACCACAGCCUGAUCGAGGGACCCCGCCUCCAGCUGGCGGGGAGUGGCAGCUGCAGUGCGUUCGAUCAGCGCCACUUGGACCAGGAGCCACCGCCGCUGCCCAUGAAGAAGAAGCACAUGUUUCAAAGUGUGGCCUUUUCGGUUCUGGCGUACAUGGAAAUCUGCUCGGCGUCUACGCGAUCCAUUGAGCAGCACCGUCACACGAUGCACGCCUGCAACAUAAGUCGCAACAUCUCGCACAGCCAGACCAUGAACAUCAUGCCCAUGAGCAAGGAGCUGUCGCCGGAGCUCGAGAUACCGCCUGCCCUGCCGCCAAAGAACUACAAGCAGCGCAAGGCGACAAGCAUGGUGGCAUCACCCACGCUGCAGCCCAUCAUUGUGUCCACGCCGCCGCCGAGUCCGAAGCCGGCACUGGGUGAGAAUGGGUCGACGGGCAGGCCGGACAGUCGCAUGGCCACCGUAUGCGAAGAGCUGAACGAUGCAGUGGGCAGCGAGGAAGCGAUGCCAGAGCCCCGCUCGCCCGUGCUGGACAGCAAUGAGAAUGUGAGCGCGGUCGAUGAUGUACGGACGUUCUACUGUCACUCGCAUCAGCUGCCCAGUGAGAUGAAAAUGAGCGAGGACGCGAGCAAUGCCGACCAGCCGAUAACCACGCCGCAAGUGCUUGAGGAGCAGGAGGAGCCAACGGCGGAGUCCCGUCCACUGGUCGCUGUGCACGAGGCGGGUAAGCCAGAGAACGCCGACGAUGAAGCGGAGGUCGAGGCGGAGGCGGAGGCGGAGGCGGAGCGAGCGGAUAUGCUGAUCAACAUGCUGGAAGAGGUCAACAUCACACGGUACCUGAUACUCAAGAAGAGAGAGGAGGACGGGCCCGAGGUGAAAGGCGGCUACAUCGACGCCCUCAUCGUGCACGCCAGCCGUGUGCAGAAGGUCGCCGAUAAUGGUAGGCAUUCGCAGCGCAAGCAGAAGCAGCACAAACAUACCAAAUCUCAUUCGCAUGGUCAUUUACCCAACUCCUCUGUUGUCUCUGUCAAUUUCCAUUCCAUUCGUGCAGCAUUCUGCGAGGCCUUCAUCACCACCUUUCGCACCUUCAUCCAGCCGAUCGACGUGAUCGAGAAGCUGACCCAUCGCUACACAUACUUCUUCUGUCAAGUGCAGGACAACAAGCAGAAGGCCGCCAAGGAGACCUUUGCGCUGCUGGUCCGAGUUGUCAACGAUCUAACGUCGACGGAUCUUACCAGCCAACUGUUGAGCCUGCUGGUGGAGUUCGUCUAUCAGUUGGUAUGCUCUGGUCAAUUGUACUUGGCCAAGUUGCUGCGCAACAAGUUCGUGGAAAAGGUGACGCUGUACAAGGAGCCCAAGGUGUAUGGCUUUGUCGGUGAGUUGGGCGGAGCCGGUGGUGGCCCUGGAACGGGAAUCGCUGGCAGUGGUGGAUGCAGUGCAGGUGGUGGAGGAAACCAGCCUAGCCUGCUGGACCUCAAGUCGCUGGAGAUUGCCGAACAGAUGACGCUGCUGGAUGCGGAGCUGUUCACGAAGAUCGAGAUACCCGAAGUAUUACUAUUUGCCAAAGAUCAGUGCGAGGAGAAGUCGCCCAACCUUAACAAAUUCACCGAGCACUUCAACAAGAUGUCCUACUGGGCGCGCUCCAAAAUCCUGCGACUGCAGGAUGCCAAGGAGCGGGAGAAGCAUGUGAACAAGUUCAUCAAAAUCAUGAAGCAUCUACGCAAGAUGAACAACUACAACUCGUAUCUGGCGCUGUUGUCGGCCCUCGAUUCGGGCCCCAUUAGAAGAUUGGAGUGGCAAAAGGGCAUCACCGAGGAGGUGCGAUCCUUCUGCGCCCUCAUCGAUUCCAGCUCCAGUUUUCGCGCCUAUCGACAGGCGCUGGCCGAAACUAAUCCGCCCUGCAUACCCUACAUCGGCCUAAUUCUGCAGGAUCUAACGUUUGUGCAUGUGGGCAACCAGGACUACCUGUCGAAGGGCGUCAUUAACUUCUCUAAGCGCUGGCAGCAGUACAACAUAAUUGACAACAUGAAACGUUUUAAGAAAUGUGCCUAUCCAUUUCGACGCAACGAGCGCAUUAUACGCUUCUUUGAUAACUUCAAGGACUUUAUGGGCGAGGAGGAGAUGUGGCAGAUAUCCGAGAAGAUAAAGCCACGUGGGCGCCGCCCCGUUAACUAUUAGUCUUCAAGCAGCAACAGCAAAACACCAAUAUUAUAUAUUAUGAAAUAUAUACACCAUAUUAAUAAAACAGUGCAAACGGUUGCCACGUCUGGGAGGAGCAUCGUCAGGAGCAGCCGACAACUAUUCUAAUGGGUCUGAGCAAUAAUGUUCGCUAUUCUCUGUCUAUAUAUACAAUUAUACAAGAUAUCUAGCUAUAAUUACCAGCCGAUGCCGGAUCGGAAAUACAUAUACUUAUUUAAGAUGUAGCGAUUCAGAUACGGAUACACGUAGCCGCGUACAAAUAACGAGCCGAUCUGUAGUUUAACUAUUAAGCUCUAUGACGGUUGGGCAAUGAACCAACCUCAGCUAACUCCCCACCAAUAUUCGAAUCCCUGUCUACGAGUCCCCAACUUUUUCCUGGACUUUUGCCAGCACUAGAACACCAAACUUACUUACCACCAUGAGACAACCGAGAAUCGAGAAAUCAAGAAAUCAGCAAUGUUCGCUUUUGUUUUGAGAUCUCUUUUUACACAAGAACACAACGAAUUUUGAAAACAAGCUACGUGAACGUAGAGGCCAACCGACAACCUAUAUUCGACGAUAUAUGUAGCGAUAUCUCGGACUAUAAAUCGAUGCAAUCCACGAGCAGAACACCAAGCAACCCCUAGCACAAAGCGCGUUAUAUAUGCAAUUCUCUACAAAACAACCAAUAUUAAAUACCCGUGUGCGUUAGAAGUUAUUGAAAUUGAACUCCAAAUCAAAAUCAGAUUUCAGAGUGCACGAAACAGAAAACAGAAGCGGUAUCGAUCAAAUCAAUCAAAAAUUCAUUUUGCAACUCAAUUAAUUGAAGAAACUUUUAAAGUUACAAAAAAAAAGAAGAGAGGAACAUGUGGGAGAUUAACUAAAUUCAAUUUGCUUUUAAAUGUACGACUAACAUUAAAAAUAUUUAUGGGCAUGUAAUAAUAGUUCUAAAUAAAGCUUUGACUUCUCCUUUCAAUUCUGUGAGGAAUAAAUUUAUUGAUAUUGCGUGUAAAAAUAUUAAUCAUGAGAAGAAAUCUGAAGCAGAGUUAAAACUGAAUGAAAUCGACCUCAAGUUGUUUUUACUGAGCAAUACUCUGUCUCGUCUGAGAAAUAUUGUCUUCUUAUUUAGAAAUGGGAAACAGAAAAAAAGGCUGCUUACUUGAAGAAUUUAAUUCCCGAUCACCAUAGCCAUUUUAAAGAAAACUUAAUUUUUCAUUUGUGUUCAGUGAAUUCGGUCUUCUUUUUGCUGCUGCUUCCGCUGCCGCUGGCGCAUAAAUUAUGUUUACUAAGCUAACGAACCUAAGGACAACAAUUUAUUUUUUUUUUCACCUAUUUUUAAAUAAAAUAUUUUGUAUAUGUAGAGAAAAUUUUCAAUUGUAAAUGUAUUUGUAUUUAAAUGUUAUGUGUGUAUUCAUAAGAAGAAUGAAAAUAGCUACCACAAUCAAUGUAUUUUUCCUUUAUCCGCAAAACGUAUUUUUAUUGGGGGGUCAUGGAAUAUGGACUAUGAAUUGAAAAUAAAGCGUUGCUUUUCAGCAGUCAUCAAAAUUAAAA